UUCGUCUUCUUCUUCUUCUACUUCACUCUCUCUCUCUCAAUUAGCCCCAAUUCGUAAACCCUAUCCCUACCAAUUUCCGAGCCUCAGCGGCUUCAACUCGGACGCUGGUAGCCGCUGCACGGGCACAAACCAAGCCUCGGGACUCUCGUAGACCAACGCUAGUCACUCCAACUACGACUCUCUUCCUUCUCCAUAAACCCUUGCUUAUAUUUUCUGCUUGAAAAUUAGCCAUGGCCGGCGAGAAGAAGAUCGAGAAAGCUGAAGCUGUAGCCACUGUGUUGGCUUCGGACUCUGUUUCAGGAUUAGUAGAGCCAAAACUGGUUUCUGGGAAGGAAGGGAUACCAUAUGAUUCGAUUUCCUCCAUCUCUGCUUCACGGGAUGCCAACUAUAGCAUCAAAGGUGAGACUGUUCAAGAGUCGGUUGGAGAGCAUGGUGUUUACUAUCCCCCCACUAGCUGUUACAAUUAUUAUUAUCCAGGAUAUAAUGGUUCCUAUACUCAAAUGGACGAACAUCGCUAUGCACAUGCGAGUAAUUCUCAUGCGGGUGUGCAGUCAGAUAAUGGUUCAAUGGUCUAUUAUCUGCCCAGCUAUAAUCCUUAUGCCCCCGGAACUCUUAUGGGUGUUGAUGGCCAAGGUGCUGGUCAACAGCAGUAUUAUUCUUCAUCUGGUUAUCUUCAACCACCAGUUUCGUAUGGUUCAGAAGCUAUGCCUUGUUAUUCAUGGGACACAACACUUUCUGGUGAUACCUCUGGUUUUGGAAAUCUAAAGUCAGGACCAGGUGGUACUGCUUUGUCUAGGUCUAGUGGCAUAAUGUCGGCCAAAGCAAAUGGAAAUCUUGCCAGCAAAUUUUCCAAGUCUUUCCCUUCUACACAACCCAUCAAAUCAUUAAACAAGGCGCCUCAUUUAGGUUCUGAUUUCUCAGCCAGUCUUUUGAAGGGAUACCCCUCAACUGGAAGGUUCUCAUCAUUCACUAACCAGAAGGGUAUGUUUCCUCUUAACGCUCAAACAAACUACAAAUCCUAUGGGAGGAUUCCAAGUGGAAACGACGGAUAUAAACCAAGGGAAAAAUAUAAUAGAAAUGAGAAUUUUGAAUCCCCAAAUGAGUUGCCACGUGGUCCGAGAUCUCGCAACAAGAGUCCUCCUUCAGACUCAUCAGUUGAGAAAGAAGCAUUGGAAUUUACAGUCUGUAGAGACAAAUAUAACCUACCAGAUUUUCAGACUGAUUUUGAAAGUGCAAAGUUCUAUGUCAUUAAGUCUUACAGUGAGGAUGAUGUCCAUAAGAGCAUUAAAUAUGAUGUUUGGGCCAGCACUCCGAAUGGCAAUAAGAAACUGGAUGCAGCAUUUCGUGAGGCUGAAGCAAAAUCUAGUGAGACAGGCAGACGGUGCCCUAUUUUCCUCUUUUUCUCGGUGAAUGGUAGUGGGCAGUUUGUAGGCCUGGCCGAGAUGAUUGGGGUGGUAGAUUUUAACAAAGAUAUGGACUUCUGGCAAGUUGACAAGUGGAGUGGGUUCUUCCCAGUUAAUUGGCAUGUAAUAAAGGAUAUACCUAAUACUCAGUUGCGGCAUAUCAUUCUUGAAAACAAUGACAACAGACCUGUAACUUUUACCCGGGACACUCAAGAGAUUGGACUGAAGCAAGGUUUGGAAAUGCUGAACAUCUUCAAGAGUUACGCACCCAAAACAUCCUUGUUAGAUGACUUUAAUUUCUAUGAAAAUCGUGAAAAGUCUCUACAAGCCAAAAGGGGCAGUAAACCUGCAACUUUAAAGAUUGAAGCAUACAUUGAUGGGGAUAUCACUCACAUGAAUGCUGGAGGGGAGGAAUUUGAAGCUGAUUCAGGUGGGCUCGGAAUGACUUCUGAUCGAGCAUCUCUUAUUUCGCUUACUAAAAAUCUUUCCCUCAAUGCUUGACCAUGAGCAGCAAUGCUUGCAGAACUAGAGCCAUUUUGCGAGUUAGGUCUUAGUUUUUAGGUUAUUUGGUUUUGUUAUUGUUAUUUUUCCUUUCCUUUUUUAUUUUUUUGUCUUUAUCUUUUCAUUCUUUAGCUUUUCUCCAAUUUGUCAUUUUAAGUUCUCUGUUUUUGAGUCAUUAGUUGGUGAGCAGUGAGUUGUAGCUGAACCUCUUGUUAAGAUUUGUGUUUGGUAGUAAUAAAUUAUCUUUUUCUUUUUUCUUU